UCAUACAUAAUAAAUCAUCAAUAUGGGGAACUACGUUUCAUGUAGUUUAUCAACCCCAUCAGGCAAAUCAAUAAAAGUGAUGUUCCCUAGUGGUGAAAUCAGGCAAUUCAAUGCAUCCAUCAAAGCCGCCGAGCUCAUGCUCGAAACGCCCAACUUCUUCCUUGUCAACACCCAAUCCCUGAAACUGGGCCGCAGGUUUUCCCCUCUCAGUGCAGAUGAAGACUUGGAGUUGGCCAAUGCCUACGCCAUGUUCCCCAUGAAGAGACUCAACUCAACGGUCUCGCCUGCUGACUUGGGACCUUUGUUUCUUGCUGCAAACUCGGCUGCCAAAAAGGGUUUCGCCGGAAAGGUAAGGAUCUUGCCUGAAGAUGAGCAGAAAAUGUCAGAGCCGAAGCUGAAGUUGGAUGAUAUUGAAGAGUUUUCUACUCCAGAGUUCAGGCAUAGGUUAUCCAUGUCAAGAUCUAAGAAACCAUUGCUUGAAACCAUAGCUGAAGAGCCUUUUUGUUGCAGAUAAUGAUGUGCUUUCUAAUUAACCGCGAAACUUAUGGAU